AUCCCACACCCUCAAGAGUCGUGAAAUGGAGGACCAAGUUCCCUACUUCAACUUCCUUCUCACCCUUCUCUUCUUCAUAGUCAUGGUCCGGAGAAUAUGGAGAAAAUCCGUAAACCAUGGCUGCUCAUCAAAGCUACCUCCUGGACCACGAAAACUCCCUCUGAUAGGAAACCUCCACAAUUUUGUUGGCAUCCUUCCUCAUCACUGCCUAAGAAACUUGGCCAAGAAAUAUGGCCCUAUCAUGCACCUACAACUUGGUGAAGUCUCGACCUUUGUCAUCUCCUCAAUUGAAACUGCUAAAGAUGUGAUGAAAACUCACGACCUCAUUUUCGCUAGCAGGCCAAGUUUCCCUUCCCUGAAGUUACUUACUCACAACUUUACAAACAUUGCACUUGCGCCAUAUGGAGACUACUGGAGACAGGUGAGGAAGAUUUGCACAACAGAGCUGCUAAAUCCAAUGCGGAUGCGAUCAUUCAAAACAAUCAGAGAAGAGGAGGUAUUGAAUUUAAUUAGAGACAUCUCAACAAAGGCAGGAUCUGUGAUCAACCUCAGGGAGAUGAUGUAUUCUACAACACUUUCCAUCACAUCCAGGGCAGCCUUUGGUGAGAAGUCUAAACACCAAGAAGAAUUCAAACAACUUGCCUCGGACUACUUAGCAUCGUUUGGAGGCUUGAAGCUCGUUGAUUUGUUCCCUUCGGUUAAGUUGCUCCAUUUGAUCCAUGCAAUGAGGCCUAAAUCAAGGAGGCUGCAUCACAAAGUAGAUGAGAUUCUUGAAAACAUCAUUAUGGAACAUAGAGCUAAGAGAGCUACCGGAUGGACUGAAGCAGAUGAUCUUGUUUAUACACUUUUGGAUCUUCAGGACCAUGGAGAACUUGAAAUUCCCUUAACAACAGACAAUAUUAAAGCUGUUAUCAUGGAUGUAUUUUCGGGUGGUGGUGACACAUCAAAUACAGUUCUAGAAUGGGCAAUGGCAGAAAUGCUGAAAAACCCCAUAGUAAUGGAAAAGGCACAGGCAGAGGUGAGGCAUGUCUUUGCUGGAAAAAAAUGCGUUGAUGAAGCAGGCCUCCAUGAAUUAAAGUACCUUAACCUUGUUAUCAAAGAAACCUUGAGAUUACACCCUGCUGCUCCUUUGCUGGCCCCAAGAGAAAGUAGAGAGAGAUGUGAGAUUGAUGGAUACGAGAUACCUGAAAAAUCCAGAGUCGUAAUCAAUGCAUGGGCAAUUGGAAGGGAUCCAAAAUAUUGGACUCAAGCUGACAAGUUCCUUCCCAACAGAUUCUUGGAUAGCACAGCUGACUACAAGGGAAGUAACUAUGAAUUUAUACCAUUUGGUGCUGGGAGGAGGAUGUGUCCUGGCAUUUCAUUUGCCACUGCCACUAUUGAGCUCGCACUUGCAAAUUUACUGCACCAUUUUGAUUGGAAACUUCCUGAUGGAAAGACGUCUGAAGAUCUAGAUAUGACUGAAGUUUUCAGCACUGUGGGAAGAAAAAAAAUUGAUCUAUGCGUAAUUCCCAUUCCUUAUCAUCCCGCAAAUUGAGUGAUACUUUUGUGGCAUCAAAACACAUAAUUUCUUCAUCUAGUGUGGAUCAAGUUUCUCUUCAUCUGUCUUCCUUUCUUGUCUGUAGACUUGUGGCAAGUUGGCAUGAACUAAUACUCACUUCAUCCUUCUCUAUGUCUUGUGUGGUCUUUGUGCUGUCUGGAGUUCAAAGAUUGUUCUGCCUUUAAACUCCAUGGAACAGCUAGUUGGAUUUGUAAUUUUAAUUACUUCUUGUAUCUUAUAUGUUAUGAAAACGCUUCUUGCUGAUAAUAAAUAAAAGAAGGGGUUCAUG